AUGGCCCUCUACAAUAGCUCACUUGAGUUGUCUCCAGAAUUAAAGCAUGCAGUCUGCGCUCUCUUACCACUUGCGAAGCUCAAAGAUGUCCGCCUUGUCAAUAAGCAAUGGGGCGAUGUAGCAGCCUCGCUACUGUAUCAUGAAUUUACGACUAGCUUUGCCGAGACUGAACAGCGCAAGUUUGACGCACUUCUAACCUCCCGUGCCAACGGUUUCCUGGAUAAUGUGAGAGUCCUGAACAUUGACCAUCCGGCGAGUGGUACCGUGGUCGACGAUGCAGAUUUGAAGCUUUUACAACUCCUGUGCGUUCUACCACGCAACUCCUUAAUGAUAUUCAGCAGUCGAGUGCCUCUGGAAAUGAGCACUGUGGGGCUACUUUUACGGACUCAAACUCGGUUAUGGUCCCUUCGUGUGCCAAUACAACACCUUGGACUACCUAGUGGCCCACCUAGCAAAGAAUAUGUUAACGGGAGCCUUGCGCGAUUGGUGACGCUGGGCAUAUACGCUACUGGACACGAGGAGGAUGGAUACGCCAAAUGGCUACCGGAUCUGGUAGCGUUGAGGGGACUAAAGAUCAUAGGAUCAGUCUCCUUAUUACAGGCCAAAUUAGCCUUCAAUGGCUGGGCAUCACUAGCACCGGCGCCGAACCUUAAGCUUCGACAGCUAUACCUAGUGAAUGUUCGACUUCCGGAGACACCAUCACACAUCGUCAUGUGUUUACACCUGCCGUCACUGCAGGAACUUUCUAUCGAUUCCUGUGAGAACUCGUCACCGCUCCUUUCCCUUGUGGCUCAGCAAAUGGCGAAAAGCACAGAGCCCUCUGCUCUCAAAGUCUUUAGCAGAAGACACGAGAAGGGCAUGGAAUCUGUAGAAGAACUAUUGAACUCUGUCUCAAGCCUAAAGGGUAUCGUUGUCGACGCCGAAAGUGAAAUUCCUCUUGCUGUAUCAUGUCUCAAGUCUAAUGGGACGUCCCUACAAUACCUCUUACUUGGGUUCUCAAAGGGUCGAGGGGCAGGAUCCAUGCAUACGGACACCAAAUAUGCCAUUAGCGAAUUGGCGCAGCUUGUCAAUACGUGUCCCAACCUUGAGGUACUCGGCGUCGGUGUUGCAAACAUCGAUUUUAGGGAGUGGUCCAUCUCGCAGGCGGUCGGCAUUUCCCUCUCUUCCAGCACUACUCCUGAAGGAAGGCAGAUGGCGCAAGCACUGGUAAGCACUACGCCCGUUCAUAUCGGUACCGAGUUCACGCUCAUGCUAUCUCAGGUACACCUAGCUCGACUCUCAAAGCUGCGCACCCUCUGCCUCACUCACUCGACAUACAUGCGCUUCCAAACUAAUGCGCGCGUGCGUAUGUUCCGCCACGAGCGCAUAGCAUCCGAGACUUUUACCUUCAUGGCUGCACAUGGCUCGCCGAUACGAUACGUUGUGUUCAAACCAUCAGGUUACGGGUCCCCUCGCUCUGCGGCCACCGUCAAUGGGGAAUCGACCUGGCCGAACUUCUAUUUUAGGAAGGGGAAAGUGACUAGUGAUGAUCCGAAUUACAUGGGAGCUGUGGCGCUUCCAAUGUCUAGAGCGCAGUUCGGCAAAGUCGAACCAUUCCAUGAGGUGACUCAGAUGUUCUAA